UCUCGAGCACGCCAUCUACGUCAUAUGAUUGCACAUUCAAUGAGACAGCAUCAAUCAUGGCAGCUCCACUUCUUGUUGAACCACCAACCGGUGGAUUUGUCUUCGAAAAUGUCAAAAGAAAUGCAAUGCUGGCGAAUAAAGGGAUGAAGACUCCGACAGCUGUGAAAACAGGCACAACCAUUGCUGGCCUUAUCUACAAGGAUGGAGUCAUCCUUGGUGCCGACACAAGAGCAACAGAGGGCACAAUUGUUGCUGAUAAAAAUUGCACCAAGAUCCAUUUCAUAGCUCCAAAUAUUUAUUGUUGUGGUGCUGGUACUGCAGCAGAUACUGAGAUGACAACGCAGAUGAUCUCGUCUAACCUUGAGCUUCACCGCCUAUCCACAGGACGGGAAGGACGUGUGGUCACGGCAAACCGCAUGCUCAAACAAUUCUUGUUCAGGUACCAAGGACAUAUAGGAGCAGCCCUGGUGCUGGGAGGCGUGGAUUCUGCAGGUCCCCAUCUCUACAGUAUCUACCCCCACGGCUCCACCAACAAGCUGCCCUUCUGCACCAUGGGGUCGGGUUCAUUGGCUGCGAUGUCCGUCUUUGAGGAUAGAUUCAGACCAGAUAUGGAGGAAGAGGAAGCCAAACAGCUUGUUCGUGAUGGUAUAGCUGCAGGUAUCUUCAACGACCUGGGGUCAGGCACCAACAUUGACCUCUGUGUUAUCAAGAAGGGCAAGGUGGACUUCCUGCGACCUUACGAUGUGGCUAACAAGAAGGGGGUCAGACAAGGGGAUUACACCUACAAGAGAGGCACUACAGGAGUCUUGAAGAAGACCGUCACCCCCCUCAAGCUGGAUGUUACCGAGACCAGGGUGGAAUCCAUGGAUACUUCAUGAUUGAGUUCUUUUUUGAAGCAAUAGGUGUGUUCACACUGUUAGAAAGUUUUGGAAAUUUGAUUCUUGGAUCAUUUUAUUCCUGUAGUUUUUGCCAGUUCAACAGCAAAUUUUUAUGACAAUUUACUAAGUAAACUGCUGAAGUUUAAUUCCAUUGAAAAGGGUGAAAUUUGAUUCCCCUUGUGCCAGUCUGAUUGCCUAAUUUACAGAAGACAUACUCACUAAACUCUCCAUGACUAUUUCCUCUGAAACGCAAGGAAAAUUGCGUGUAGGAUGUUGAUUCAAAUGUGAAUGCAAACUUUCAGAAAUUUGUCACCUGAUUGUGACCACUUCUAGUUGGGUACGGCCAUAACUAAUCAAUAUGCAUGGUUCAUGUAUAUUUGGCAUGGGCGGUAGGGAUAGAAAAACCCUUAAUUUUUUGUAAUGGGAUAUUUAUUCUGCGACAUUAAAUGUGAAUGCACUUCAGCAGAGUUUAGAAACUACAAGAAUUUACAAACAAUCAAAUUUCCUGGAUUAUCUACAGUGUGACUGCACCUUAUCUGUAUAUUCUUCAUUGUUGUAAGUUAGUGUUUUUUUCAUGAUGGUAGACAUGCCGUAAACUGUUAAAUAUGCAUACCACAGGCUAUAGGAAGAGAUCUGUGUGUUGGUAACAAAUCUGAGGGAAUAAGAUUCCCUAAUUUAAAAAGCAAAGUCCACCAAUUCACCAAGUUGAUUUGAUAUACAUGUAUAUGCAGAGAGAAAGAGAUGGUUAAAAGAUAAUGUAUGAUUAAACAAAUCUGAUGACAAAUGAAAAGUUUUUGAAGAUCCCCAUACUAAUCAGCAAUUACUGUUCCUUUUUUAUAGCAACUAUCCAUACGUUUGGUAAGAACAUUUUGAAUGUCUUAGUUCUGUAUUUUUGCCGAAGGAGUAUAUUUGCUGAAUACAAGAUAACCGACAUGAAUGUUUUUAUUGAAAUGUUGUGGCAUAGGUUUGGAGAAAAAAAACUCUUCAUCUAAGCACAAUGGAAACUGAAUAUUGUUUAGAGAGCAGCUCGGAAAGGAAAUCACUUUAAUUGGUUUGUGAUUUUCAAAUCUCAAUAAUUUGAUAUCUGUUGUAUUUUUUUUCAGUCACAUUUCACUUCACCACUUCUCUCAUUCUCUGAUUGUAAAUAUCAUGGAGCAACUUGCAUUUCACCUAAAACAGGAAUAGCUGUAUAGUCAUGAUGAUAUCAAUAUCUGGAUGAUGUACAAAAAAGGAUCAAUAAGCUACCAUUUUGUAAGAAUUGUUUGCUCAAUGAACCUUGUGCGUCUAACUGUCAGUGAGUGAAGGGCCCCGUUUCAUAAAACUUGUUAUCAAUAACACAUGCUAAAUUUCAUUGACAAAUUUACCUUCAGCCAAUCAAAUGUCAGGAUUUCAGUAGCUUAUAAUAAUUAUUAUAACUCAUUAUUGAUAACAAGUUUUUAAUGAAACAGGACCGAGGGAUCUUAUGUAUGCCCAAAUUGCCCAACAUUCAAGGGAAUUUAUCUUCAAGCAGAAAGCUACACUUAUCUUAUCAUUUCAUAUGUGAAAGAUAUGUCAAUGCUUAUUUAGUCCAAAAUAGUAACAAAAAAUAAUGUACAUGUAUGUGUUUUGUUAUUUAUAUGUUACGUUGAGUUAUAAGCAUUCCUAUUCAGUCGAUAAUAUUUUAAUGAACUGAUAGAUGUUUUGGAAUAGAUUUUUUCCCAUAAGAUAAGAGAUAUAUAAAUUUUAUCAAUACAGUCGCACUCCUUCAUUUCUCCAUAAUUGAAUUGGCACAAAACUGAACACAACCAUGUGUCGACCAAGAAAGUGUUAGGGUGAAAAAUGAUCAAUUUGUCCUAGAUUUAUUAUUAAAAUUUGUGACUGUGUGACUCUGUGUAAAUCAUUUGUAAUGGUAAUCCCUCUACGACAUCACAUCGUCCUACUAAUGUCCUUUGGCAAGACAGUUAUCAACAUUUGCCACUCUCCACCCAGGUGUUGAUAUUUCACAUCUUUUUCUAGAUAUCUCACACGUGUAUUCCUGGAAGUUUAAUGAAUAAAAUUCAUGUCAAAUUAAAUGAAGACCGUUA